AUGGAGGAAGGCGGCAUCCCUCACCGUCACCUCGCCGCCGGCCUCGGGAGGCCGAGGAUUAAGGCGGGCCGGAACGAGGCGAAAACAAGGAUCGUCAGAUCUCUGUCCAAGUCGCCUCCAAGGAGCUGGCGUGACCUCUCCCAGCUGCCAGCGCCGCUGGCUUGGGCUCAGCCCCGGGAACCAACAACCACCCCAGCACCCGUAGCUCAGCCCCAAGAGCCAACAAUCACCCCAACGCUCAUAGCUCAGCCCAACAACCACCCCAACACCCAUAUCGAUCAGCACUGGGAUCGGGACCCGCACCCCUCCCGCCGGGAGUGGGACCCUCACUGGGAGCGGGAUUCGCCCCCCGACCCGCACCCACUGGGAUUGGGACCCGCACCCCCACCCACCGGGAGCGGGACCCGCACUGGGAUUGGGACCCGCACCCCCACCCGCACCCACCGGGAUCAGGACCUGCACCCGCCCCGGCACCCGCCCCGGGAUCGGGACCCGCACCCCUCCCGCCGGGAUCAGGACCCGCACUGGGAUCAGGAGCGGGAGGUGAAACUCAGCUAG